AUGUCGAGGAAGCUGAAGAGAACCAACUUGUUCAACAAGGACGUGAGCUCCUUACUGUACGCUUAUGGCGAUGUGCCUCAACCACUGCAUUCCACGGUACAGUGCUUAGAUGAACUGGUAUCGGGGUAUUUGGUAGAUGUGUGCAAUAAUGCAUUCCAUACAGCUCAAAACUCCCAGAGAAACAAACUCCGAUUGGAGGAUUUCAAGUUUGCUCUGCGGAACGACCCUGUUAAACUUGGAAGAGCUGAAGAACUGAUAGCUACUAAUAAGUUGAUCACGGAAGCUAAGAAGCAGUUUAAUGAGACAGACAAUCAAAACUCAUUGAAAAGGUACAGAGCAGAAGACGAGGAAGGUGACGAGAUAGAGGAAGAUGAAGAUGAGCAACUGGUAACAGACGAUGACGAAGUAGCCGACCGCACCAGUAGUAAGCAACACUCAGAAUCAAAGCCAGCAAAGGCUAAGAAGCAAGGGACCAAGAAUUCCAAGAAAACAACAAAAAAAUGA